AUGCCAGAAUACACACAUUUCACGCAACCUGAUCUCGGUCCAGCUCACUCAGAGACUUCAGAGAAAGAGUACAAUCUUGGUGGACAUCAAUCAUGUGAGCCACAUAAGCGCAAAGCGUGGUUUCUCGAUGCCCAGCCACGACAUGUGGUUGUUCAACUUGCACUCUUGACACUCUUUGUCGUUAUAAAUCUCGUCCUCGCAACAAGCCUUUAUCUACGCGCUCGACAAUCAGUGACCCAUGGCAGUCCCAAGCUGUCUCCAAUGUUGAGUUGGGAGUCAAAUGUCACUUAUCAAGAUGCUUGA